AUGCGACUUCGAACUAGGAAGGCCGCUGAGACGCACAGCACUGUGAAGGCACCUCCAGCGCGCUUGAAUGCGAGGACGUUGGAUUCCCUUACUGCGUCUCGUUUCAAAAGCAUUAGCCACUACGCCAAGUACGAAAACGCACUCGCCGAGCGCGAAUACGAUGCGCUGGCCGAGCUUCCUCCUAGUGAUGGGAUCAAUCACUAUUUGAAGGAAGCCGAGAAAUUCGUUGACCGCCUCCCUCGUCGCGCUAAACGACGCCAACCCGCGAGACAAGGUUCUUCCGACGUGGACACCAGUGGUGUGGACACUUCCUGGGUGACAGCUAUGGAAAAAGCCCUGGAGGAUAGUCAUUCUGAUGCUGAGGAUCCUACGACUGGAACGCCGCUGGGUUCAGCCGAGGCUGGGAUCACAUACACGGUCCCAGUCACAGACGAGACUCAGGCCACGGACGAAGCCCAGGUCACAAACGAGACCGAGGUCUCAGCCGGAAACCAGUCUUCAGUUGCCGGCGUGGCCAAAGAAUAUGUUUCUUCGCCCAAGCAUAUACGCAUAGUGGUGGUCAACCAAACGAAGCGGCCCCAGCGCAUAGAGAAGCCGAGGCGUUCCGAUAAGCCGAUCCACAUAGCAAAGCGCAAGAGCUCGAGCGGGCAUGCGCACGUCCGCAUCAUCAAUCGGAGGCACCUCAAAGAGGACAACUUCCACAACCGGCCUUCGAUCCGGCUCACUCUCCCCGAUCACCUGAAGGCGGCACUCGUUGACGAUUGGGAGAAUGUGACCAAAAACCAGCAACUGGUACCGCUUCCACACAAAGUUCCGGCUGAGACUGUUCUGGACGAUUACCUCACCUUUGAACGACCACAUCGAGAAGAAGGCUCUGCUAGCCUCGAUAUCCUUGAGGAGACGGUUGCCGGACUGCGGGAGUACUUCAACAAAUGCUUAGGCCGCAUCCUGCUCUAUCGGUUCGAGCGCCCACAAUACAUUGAGAUGCACGAGCUAUGGGAGACGGACGAGAAGUACAAGUCCCCGAUCGAGACCUAUGGUGCCGAGCACCUGUGUCGCCUUCUUGUUUCCCUACCCGAGCUCAUCUCACAGACAAACAUGGAUCAGCAGUCGGUCAACCGGCUGCGAGACGAGCUAGCCAAGUUGACUACCUGGCUCGGCAAAAAUAUGGUGAAAUACUUUGUGAGCGAAUAUGAGACGCCCAAUUCAGAAUACGGCGAAAAAGUGAGAGGCGCUUGA